GGUGAAAGAUCAAUGGCAGCCUUGCCCCUACUUAUUGCCGUAGUUUCCAAUUGUUCGGCCGCAACCAUUUUCCCUCCAAAACCGUAAACGCUCAUUCAUAUUUCCUCUCUGCAAAUCACCAAUGCCUCUCUCUCAUUAUACUCAUUAGAGGCUAUACUGCUAGUAAUACCCCAAGAGAGGCCCUAUGGGUUUUCGCCGAAUGCGAAGAGAAGGAAUUAUACCCAAUAACCUGACUUCUAGCUUGAUACGUUGGCAGAUUAUUGGUUUUAGCAGCAAAAAUCUUAGGCUCAAUAAUUCCUGAAGCCAUUUGUCUCUCUUAUUGUAUAACCAGAGAAAACACUAUUAAUUGAAGUAGUAAUGACUCCACAUCAACACUGAAUAGCACAUGAAUAUUGCGGUAUUGGCCCGAAAUUCUCCAACUCAUCCCCCAAAAUUAUCAACUUAGUAAUGUAAUCAGUUAUAGGAAAAAUAUGGCCUUGAGAAAACCCGUCUCGAAGAUCAUUCCAAACCUCAGUUGCUGUAUCAAUCCACAAGAUGCUUUGUGCAAUUGAAACCCUGCAAUCAGCUCUGCUUCUUGACCUUCUCUAUCUCUAGUAAUACAAAGCGUGUUUUGCAAUCAAAGAAGGGAAACGAGUACAUGUGGAUGUUAUUAAGCAUGGUUUGGAUUGUGAUGUGUAUGUCAACAAUAAUUUGGUCCAUUUUUAUGAGUCAGGCAACAAGAUUUUCGAUGCAUGUAAGAUGUUCGAUCAUAUGUUUAAUAGAACCGUGGUUUCAUGGAAUGCAGUUGUUACUAGUUGUGUUGGGAGUUUGUGGUUGGGAGACGCAAUUGGAUAUUUUGUGAAAAUGAUGGAUUUUGGGUUUGAGCCAGAUGAGAUGUUGCUCAUGCUUGAGGUCUGUGCCGAAAUGGGGAACUUGAGUUUAGGUAGAUGGAUUCAUUCUCAAGUGAUUGAGAGAGGUUUUGUACUGAAUUAUCAAUGGGGUACCGCCCUUGUUGAUGUUUAUGCCAGAAGUGGAGCUGUUAGUUAUGCUAAGCUAGUUUUUGAUAGAAGAAAAAAGUGUGGACAUGAAGUUGAAUGAUUUUGGGGCUAGCUUAACAAGGAUUUGCCAAAGAGGGGCUUGGACUUUCUUUUUUUUUUUUUUAAUUUUUUUAUAGAGAUGAUAUGAGCUCUUCCAUACAACCAAACUAUGUCACGUUUCUUGGGGUUCUUUGUGCCUGUAGCCAUGAUGGUUUGGUAGAUGAUGGAUUUUUGUACUUUCAUGAAAAAAUGGAGCAUAGAUACAAAAUCAAACCAAUGAUGGUACAUUAUGGUGCCAUGUUUGAUAUCUUAGGUCGUGCUGGCAGUCUCAAAGAGGCUUAUGACUUCAUUAUGAGCCCGCCUUUCCAGCCUCAUCCACUUGUGUGGAGGACAUUGCUCAGUGCUUGCAGCGUUCAUGAUGUUAAUGACAGGAAUGGAGUAGCAUAUAAAGUAAGAAAGAAGUUGCUUGAACUAGAGCCAACGAGAAGUGGGAAUCUUGUUAUGGUUGCGAACAUGCAUGUCGAUGCUGGGACAUGGGAGAAAGCAGAAAAUGUCAGGAGGGUAAUGAGGGAUGGUGGUUUGAAGAAGGGCGGAGAGAGCUGGGUUGAAUUAGCUGGCAUCCAUCCAUCAGUUUUUUUCUGGGUAUAAUUGUUAGGAUGAUAACGAAGGUAUUCACCAGUUGCUAGCUGUAUCGAACUUGCACAUACAGAUGAUAAACUUACUGUAAUCGAAAUUGCUUGUCAUUUGUUAUUAUCUA